GAAAGCGCAUCAGCGGCGCGCUCACGUUGACACAAACACACAUACACACACACGACCGGGCUGUGUCGAAACACCGGGAGCAUCCUGUCAACAGACCGAGCGCUCCUUAUCGCCAUUGCCGAGACCUGACAAUUUUGCUCCGAGUGGUUCUGGCCGUGCAGCAUGACCGGGGGCUCAUUGGGGCCGUGUGGAUUCUGAGAACCGCGGAUAGCCUCCCCUUGGUCCGGGUAAAGUAUCCUGACUGACCGCUGCCUCAGCGGCAGGAACCAGCCCAAAUCGGGAUGUCCAGCAGCCCUGAAGGAAGUCUCUCCAGGGGCGGCGGCCCCGACUUAAAGAUGGCUUCACCGAGCAACACCUCCCCGGAGGGUGGACAAGCGCCGCCGCUGCAUCAGAACCGUAUCAAGCAGUCGGAAAGCAACACUAGUUUCCUGCGGGCCGCCCGAGCAGGAAACAUCGAGAAAGUUCUGGAGUUCUUGAAAAAUGGAAUUGACAUCAGCACCUGUAACCAGAAUGGGCUGAAUGCUCUCCACCUAGCAGCCAAGGAGGGACACAAGGACUUGGUGGAUGAGCUGUUGGAAAGAGGAGCCCCAGUUGACUCCUCCACAAAGAAGGGAAACACUGCCCUCCACAUUGCUUCGUUGGCCGGCCAGAAGGAAGUGGUGCGACUGCUGGUGAAGAGAGGAGCGGAUGUUAAUUCUCAGUCGCAGAAUGGCUUCACCCCACUCUACAUGGCUGCCCAGGAGAACCAUUUGGAGGUUGUACGAUACCUGCUGGAGAGUGAUGGGAACCAAAGCAUUGCCACAGAGGAUGGCUUCACUCCACUUGCCAUUGCUCUCCAGCAAGGUCACAACUCAGUGGUUUCACUGUUGCUGGAGCACGACACCAAAGGGAAGGUGCGUCUCCCUGCGCUGCAUAUUGCAGCACGAAAGGACGAUACCAAGUCUGCUGCGCUCCUGCUCCAGAACGACCACAAUGCAGAUGUCCAAUCCAAGAGCGGCUUCACACCGCUGCACAUUGCGGCUCACUAUGGGAACGUGAAUGUCUCCACCCUGCUGCUCAACAGAGGCGCUGCUGUGGACUUCACAGCGAGGAACGGCAUCACACCCCUGCACGUGGCCUCAAAGAGGGGCAACACUAACAUGGGUGUCCUGCUUUUGGACAGAGGCGCUCAGAUUGAUGCUAAAACCAGGGAUGGACUAACCCCUCUGCACUGUGCUGCCAGAAGUGGACACGACUCUGCAGUCGAGCUGCUGCUGGAGAGAGGAGCACCAAUCCUAGCCAGAACUAAGAAUGGACUGUCACCACUUCACAUGUCAGCCCAGGGAGACCAUGUGGAGUGUGUGAAGCUUCUGCUGCAGCACAAGGCUCCUGUUGAUGAUGUCACGCUGGACUACCUCACAGCCCUGCAUGUCGCAGCUCACUGUGGUCACUAUAGAGUCACCAAACUUCUGCUGGACAAGAAGGCCAACCCAAAUGCUCGUGCACUGAACGGCUUCACUCCUCUCCACAUCGCUUGCAAGAAGAACAGGGUGAAGGUGAUGGAGCUGCUCAUAAAAUAUGGUGCAUCCAUUCAGGCGAUCACAGAGUCUGGUCUGACUCCCAUCCAUGUUGCUGCGUUCAUGGGCCACCUCAACAUUGUUCUGCUUCUUCUGCAAAACGGAGCUUCACCUGAUGUGCGCAACAUUCGUGGAGAGACAGCUCUUCACAUGGCGGCGAGAGCAGGUCAGAUGGAAGUAGUUCGCUGCCUGCUGCGCAAUGGAGCGUUGGUGGAUGCGAUGGCUAGGGAGGAUCAGACACCCCUCCACAUUGCAUCUCGUUUGGGAAAGACUGAUAUUGUCCAGCUGCUACUUCAGCACAUGGCCCAUCCAGAUGCUGCCACCACCAACGGCUACACACCUCUGCAUAUUUCAGCCCGGGAAGGCCAAGUGGAGACGGCUGCUAUACUAAUGGAGGCCGGAGCGUCACAUUCAAUGGCCACCAAGAAAGGAUUCACUCCCUUGCAUGUAGCUGCUAAGUAUGGAAGCCUUGAUGUAGCCAAACUACUUCUACAGCGCAAAGCUCUGCCCGAUGACGCUGGCAAGAAUGGCCUGACUCCGCUCCACGUGGCAGCUCACUAUGAUAACCAGGAUGUUGCUCUGCUUCUGCUGGAUAAAGGCGCUUCUCCGCAUGCCACAGCCAAGAAUGGCUACACACCGCUUCACAUUGCAGCCAAAAAGAACCAAACAAACAUUGCAUUAGCACUGCUACAGUAUGGCGCAGAGACUAAUGUGCUGACCAAGCAAGGGGUCAGUCCUCUACACCUGGCUGCCCAGGAAGGACAUGCAGAGAUGGCAGCGCUGCUGCUGGGGAAGGGAGCUCACAUCAACACAGCAACCAAGAGUGGACUGACCCCUCUCCAUCUCACCGCACAAGAGGACCGGGUCAAUGCAGCUGAGGUUUUGGCCAAAAAUGAUGCAAACUUGGACCAGCAAACCAAGCUUGGGUACACUCCUCUCAUAGUAGCCUGUCACUACGGAAAUGCCAAAAUGGUGAACUUCCUCCUGCAGCAAGGGGCCAGUGUCAAUGCCAAGACCAAGAAUGGAUACACUCCACUUCACCAGGCUGCACAACAAGGGAACACACAUAUCAUCAACGUUUUGCUGCAACACGGGGCCAAACCUAAUACCACUACAAUGAAUGGGAACACUGCUCUGUCGAUUGCGAGGCGCCUGGGCUACAUUUCUGUGGUGGACACACUGAAAGUUGUCACAGAGGAAGUCAUUACCACAACGACAACGGUCACAGAAAAACACAAACUGAACGUCCCUGAGACCAUGACAGAAAUGCUGGACGUGUCCGAUGAUGAAGGUGAGGACACAAUGACAGGCGACGGGGGAGAGUACCUGCGAGCAGAGGACCUCCGAGAGCUUGGAGAUGAUUCACUCCCCGGACAUUACUUGGACAGCUUCAGCUACAUGAGCCACAACCUGGACAGGUCUCAACACACACCCAUUCACCAGAGCUUUCAUCAGAGGGAUGGAGUUUUCAUUGAGGACAUGAUUGCAAGCCAUCAGGUGUCAGUGCUGUCCAAGGAGAACGAGAAGGACUCGUACCGUCUGAGCUGGGGUGCCGAGCACCUCGACAAUGUGAUGUUGUCCUCCAGUUUGCUGCACUCUGGCCGCUCCUCUCCUUGCCUAGACCAUGACAACAGCAGUUUUCUGGUCAGCUUCAUGGUGGACGCACGGGGUGGAUCCAUGCGUGGCUGCCGCCACAACGGUCUGCGAAUCAUUGUGCCGCCAAGGAAGUGUUCGGCACCUACGAGGGUCACAUGCAGGCUGGUGAAGAGACACCGUCUGGCCUCGAUGCCCCCCAUGGUGGAGGGGGAGGGUCUGGCUGGGCGCAUCAUAGAAGUAGGACCUACAGGUGCCCAGUUUCUGGGUAAGCUCCACCUUCCCACUGCUCCUCCUCCUCUGAAUGAGGGUGAGAGCUUGGUCAGUCGCAUCCUGCAGUUGGGUCCUCCUGGAACCAAGUUCCUCGGACCUGUGAUUGUGGAGAUCCCUCAUUUUGCUGCUCUGCGAGGCACAGAGAGAGAGUUGGUGAUCUUGAGGAGUGAAACAGGAGAAAACUGGAGGGAACACCACUGUGACUUCACUGAGGAGGAACUGAACCAGAUACUUAAUGGCAUGGACGAAAAACUUGACUCUCCUGAAGAGCUUGAGAGGAAAAGGAUAUGCCGAAUCAUCACCAGAGACUUCCCGCAGUACUUUGCUGUGGUUUCCAGAAUCAAGCAAGACAGUCAUCUGAUAGGUCCGGAGGGCGGCGUCCUCAGUAGCACACUGGUGCCCCAGGUUCAGGCUGUCUUCCCAGAGGGAGCGCUCACUAAGAAGAUCAGAGUCGGGCUACAGGCUCAGCCCAUAGAAGCUGAUGUGGUGAAGAAAAUCCUCGGCAACAAGGCCACAUUCAGCCCAAUUGUCACCUUAGAACCGAGGCGCAGGAAGUUUCACAAGCCCAUAACCAUGACCAUCCCUAUUCCCAAGAGCUGCAACAAUGAAGGACCCAACUCAGUCUACAGUGGCGAGACGCCCACUCUACGUCUCCUCUGCAGCAUCACAGGUGGAACCACACCAGCUCAAUGGGAAGACAUCACCGGCUCAACGCCUUUAACUUUUGUCAAUCAGUGUGUCUCCUUUACCACAAAUGUGUCGGCGAGGUUUUGGCUGAUUGACUGCAGACAGGUCCAGGACUCUGUCAGCUUUGGCUCCCAGCUCUACAGAGAAAUCAUCUGCGUCCCGUACAUGGCCAAGUUUGUCAUUUUUGCCAAGACCCUGGACCCCAUAGAAGCCCGGCUGCGGUGCUUCUGCAUGACCGACGAUAAAAUGGACAAGACUCUGGAGCAGCAGGAGAACUUCACAGAAGUCGCCCGCAGUCGGGAUGUUGAGGUCUUGGAGGGAAAGCCAAUAUUUGCUGACUGCUUUGGGAAUCUAGUGCCUCUCACAAAAAGUGGCCAGCAUCAUGUAUUCAGCUUCUUCGCCUUCAAAGAAAACAGGCUGGCGCUUUUCAUUAAGAUUCGUGACACGGCGCAGGAGCCGUGCGGCCGCCUGUCCUUCACUAAGGAACCACGCACAUACCGCAGUCUUAACCACAACGCCAUCUGCAACCUUAACAUCACUCUGCCAACAUAUUCCAAGGAUUCCGAUUCAGAACAGGAUGUGGACGAGGAGAGCGAGAAAAGUGACAAGAAAUACGAUGAAUCUGAAUCAAUGGACACAUUCUCACUGAAAACAAAUCAACCUCUUGACCCUGCGAUCCUUGCCAGUCCCGACCUCCUGUCAGACAUGUCAGACAUCAGAGGGUCUCAUAGUUUAGCUGUGGAGCAGCUCGAUCGCUUUCUCACUGAGGAGAGACGCGGAGAUAAAGAGUUUCAAGAGAACAGAACUGUGGCCAGCGUGGAGCAUCAUAGUAAGAUGUUGGGGAAAGACAGUCAAUGGAUGGAUGCCUAUAAAGACGAGUGUCAUCAGAAACCUAGAGGAAAUAACUGGUCAGUCUUAGAGUCACAGCCACCUGAAACUGACCCAGAACCUGUAACAGAUGAGCUUAUCAUCAAGAGCGAGAGUGUUUCCUCAAGAACUACUAUCCAAAUUUCUGAAGCUAUAUCAGUCACCAUGGACAACAACCAAGACAUUAACCCACAGACUGAAGUUCUGAAUCUGUCUCAGGAAGACUUGGCUCAAGUUAGCGGAAGUAAGACAAAGAAUAAUGGAAAACGUCCUCCUGAUAUCAAGAAACCUAUUAGGAAAAAGCUGAGGGACCGACAGCGCUCUGGUUGUAGUAGUUCAGAAGGAGAGCUGGAAAGGAUGAGCUCAGAGGAAUCUUUAGACGGUGACCUUUUGCUUCAGGAGAGAAGUGCUGACUCAGCAAAUCCACCAGCAUCCCCCCUCAUCGUUGAGACUUCUAUUGGGUCAAUUAAGGACAGAGUUAAAGCUUUGGAGAGCAAAGUAGAAGAAGAGUCAGCACAAAGAACUAGCCAUAUAUCUAUUCAACAAUCAUGCGUUCCGAUAAGAAAGGAGGAGGAGAUGCCAGAUCUGCCCAAAGUUCCAAAGUCCCCGAGAUCUCCCAGAUCACAAACAGAACGUUUAGAGGAGACCAUGUCUGUGAAGGAGCUCCUGAAAGCAUUCCAGACUGGACAGGACCCAUCCAAGCACAAAUCUGGACUUUUUGAACACAAAGCAAUGGUUUCGUCUUCAUCUGUGUCAACUCCAGAUUCACAUAGAACUGAACCAACGAUUCAAACUGAAGCCCAGACUCCGACAGUCAGACACGUGGAAAUGAGUUGUAGCAGCACUGACUCAGACAAUCAUCUAGUUGAGGUUACUGAGGGCAUUCUAAAGGACUCUCCCUCAGAUAAUUCACAAGUAGCAAAAACAGUUAAGUUCGCAGAGACAGUCCAAUGCUAUGAUGAAAGUGUCCGUCCGUACACUGAAGAACUUGAAUCUUCAGAGAAAGAAACGAUGUCAGUGAAGGAACUGAUGAAAACAUUUCAAACUGGCCAAGACCCAUCUAAAAUUAAGGCCGGACUGUUUGAGCACAAAUCGGCGGCUUCUCUGCAGACUGACGAAAGAGAAAAACUCUCAGUCCAGCGUGAUUUCAAUCCUCAAGGCCAACAUAGUACCAUCAAUCCUGCGGAAAAUGAUGACAAAGAUGGAGAGGUGGAGUCGGAAAUGUGGGAGAGAGAGAAAACUGAUUUGCUAAAUUCACUUGAAGACAUUGCAGAUCCAGUUCAUGGUACAAGAGAACAGUUGACACCAAAGGCCGUCAGCAUGAUGCAGUUAGAUACACCAGUCACAAGCAGUGGCAAAGGUUUAUGUGAGGAUUUACAGAUCAGCCCUGACCGCAGGCCUUCUGAAGACUUCAGUGCAGACAUAAAGGAAGAGCUUGAAGACAGCCCUGAGUAUCAGUUGUUUAAAAACAAGACUGAAAUCACUAAUGCAAGCUGUCAGAUGGAGUCAUCGGAAGACACACAUGUUGACAAUCAAAAUGACGAUGAAGAAAUGUCUGGCCAUUUCAUGGAGGACACAACUGUGGAGUGUCAUGUUGAAGAAAACUCAACUCUUUUCAUUUCUGAAUAUGAAAGACUGGCAGAUUCAGAUGGCAGACAUGCAGCAGUGGAUGAAACAUGUUCUCAUACAACUAGAGAAAUGUCUGUAGCCCAUGCAGAGACAUGGAGUGAGGAAAGACAAACAAAUACAGAGUUGGAGGUGACAGUCAGGGAGCCAGUGUGUCAGGAAACUCAAUUAAUCAGAAAAACAGCUGUGAAGAGAGGCACUGCAGAAAAAGACAUGGCAGGUAUGGUCUCCUUACUAGACACACAGUGGGAUCAGUGUCUUAAGUCCACACUCUUAGUGAAUCAACAACUGGAGGGAUCUGUGGUUGAAGACAAAUUUGAAGAAAUCAUUUUGCCCAAGAAAGAGUACCCUGCAGUGAUGACAGAUUACGAAAGUGAAGGUGAGCUGGAUGAUGAAUACCAUGUCAGGGCAGAAAAGCAGUUCAAAUUUGAGAUCAAAGAGGGUGAACAACAAGACUCCACUCUAGAAGUGGAAGAAGCAGUGUCUCCUUCAAAAGCUUCUCCUGAUUCUGAUCAGGCAAAUGAGGAGGAGCACACACCGUGUGGUGAUCACAUGACAACAGAGUUAGUCAGCGUCACACAACAAUUAAAGACAGAGUUUAAAGAUGAGAAACAUAUGCGUGAGGAGAUCUUGAAUAAACAGAUUCGACUAGAGCAGGAUUGGAAUGGAAAAGGCAGUUGCUAUGAGCCAUUGACAACCUCCACGGAGGUGUCUGCAAUGCUUCCAUCGCAGAACAUUGAAGCUGAUUCUCAUCUCCUGGAAACAACAGUGAUACCUCAACCACUUGCUGAAAAUGAGGACACACAUCAGGAAGUCGACAUCAAACCUUGUACUGAAUUCAAUUUGACAAUCCCUGAGAGUAAACAAGCUGUAAUAGCUUAUGAUGUUGAAGAUGAGAGCAUUAUUCAUGCAAUGCAGGACUCAGACAGCAUUGUUCCAUGUAAGGAAAUGUCUCAAGUACUGGAGACACCAUUCCAGGAAGUUUUGAUUGGUCAGAAAUCGAACAAGCCACUGUCCACCAGCGAGAAGGAUAUGUCCGGUAUGUUCACACUGCUUUCGAGUGAGUUGGAUAAAUGUAUUGAAGAAGACGCCAUGAGAAAAGCAGUCCAACCAAAAGAGGACGAGGAAUAUAUCACAUCCCAGCCAAACAUAACGGAGCUGCCAUUCGAACAAGUUCACAUUGAGAGAAGAAGUCAGACUGAGACUGCGACUGUGACUGAGAGGAAUGAUUCAGGAAUAACUUCAUGGCUCAGUGUGGACUUGGAUAAAUGUUUACCAGGGAAUUCCGCCACUGUAGUAGUAGAGGAGGCAGAAAACCAUGACAUAAUGGCAACUGUGAGCAAACAUCCACAAGACUCUCCUGAAAAUGAAGACGACUUUCAAAAGAUUUCCAAAAGACACACAGAAUUCUCUGGCGAUGAAGAUGUUUCCCUAAAACCUGUAAAUCAGACUUUCCAAACGACAGGCUUCUCAGAUGUGUCAGGAAGUUCACUCCCACCUCAGCGACCGACUGAGUUGGAGAGCCUUAAGAUGGAGGACUUGGAAGAACAAUUUGAAGAUUCUUGCCAUUUGGACUCUCUCGAAGCAAGUCCUAUUAUGGAGGACAGAUCCUCAAACAAAUCUCCUGACUCCAUUGAAGCUAGUCCGACUCCGGUGUCCCCUUGUCGAGACUCCCUUGAGUCAAGCCCUACUCAAGAUCGGUACGCUGAAUUUAAGAUGCCAGUGAAGGCUGCUGUGUAUGAGGAUUAUGCCUCCCAGCUUAAAGCUUGUUUUGUGUAUGACAACGAUAUUACUGAUGUCGAUGAGCCUGUUACACACAUGGAAGCUGAGAGCAAGUUAGAAAAUGAUGACAGUGAAGACGAUGCCAUUUAUAAACAGUUCACACCUGAAGAAAAGAUGUUCAAAAUGGCAGCGAAAAUCAAAAUGUUUGAUGAGAUGGAGCAGGACGCAAAAGCAAAGGCAGGUCUCAAAUAUGAUUCAUCAGAAAUAUUGUCUGCGUCCUAUGGAGAGGAUUUGCAAGAUGAGUAUGAACAAUAUGACAGAAAUGUGGAAGAAGAUCCUCGAGCUGAUAAUGCAUCUGAUGGUAGUGAGGAAAAGACAGCAUUUCUGCACUCAGAUUCACUGGCUCAAUCCUUCCAUCAACCAAUUGACAACUACCUGACAGUUAGAACUGAAAAUCAAAUUACAUUUCAGACAGAGAGAGUAGAGGUUGUUGAUCACAAUGAAGAUGUGGCUUCUGCGGGCUGUGCUAUCAGUCCGCUUGUUCAUGAGUCUGUUGACAGCACCAUGAUGCAAGAUUCUAGUGAUAUCAGGGAUAACAAUGAAGUAAAGGUAACGUCUCCCUAUGAGACUGUUGGGUCACCAGUAGAAGUUGAGAGCAAUGUGCCACAAGUGUCUGAUAUAUUACCUGUUCAUAUUCCAGAGGAUGCGAGUACCACACAGUCAUUUCACUUUGAAAAUGGGAAGAUGUUUGAAAUGACUCGAGGAGGAGCGAUUGAUGUGUCAAGGAGAAGCUUUGAUGAAGAGAGGGAAACAUUAUUUCACUUAGAAGAACAAUAUGCUGAAGAUGUGAGCGGGAGCGAUAUCGAGACGUCGAAGACAAAUGAUGAACUGGAAAUAACAAGUCCAUUUUUUACCCAGACUACUGAAGAGGAAAGAACGAUCUUUAAACCCGCGGAGUGUGAUGAGUCUCUUCAUGAUGUCGAGCUUGGCAGUUCAUUUGAUGAUGAAAUCGGUUCUCCCACUGCCAAAGAGAGUCAAACCACAGCCCUUACUGAUAUGGCGAGCCUCGGUUUAGGCUCCCUGAACUCAACCAUUGCUGAUCUUCAGUCAGGGAGAAUCCCAAUAGAAUCUAGAUCCUCAAAAACCAGUGAGGUGUCCUCUGACUCGUCCGGUGAUGAAGAGGAAGAAGACCAAUGCUCCGUUAUCGAGAUCUCAAUUUCUGGAGUAAAGGAUUCACACUCGACUUUCAAAAAUAAGAAAAAAGAGCAAUCCAGAAUACAUUCACAAACAGAAAACAAUCUUGACCAAACACUGAGCAACUCCACAUCAGAUCGCAGGACCACUUCUGAAGCAGAUGCUGUCACCAGUGAGCCAGCAACUAAAGACCACAGAAGUUAUUCUGAUAGCACCCAACCUCCACUCCAAGGUCAUGUGACAGCUCUCUCCGUCCAAAUAACUGAAUCUCCAAUCUCUGAAACUCGGAAUGUUCUAACUCGCUCCUCAUUGGAUACCGAUGAGGCGAGCAGUGCCAGUCACCAAAGCCCAAAUUCUGCGAUAUUUACAUACAACAUCCCUGCUUCCCAGAGCUCAGAUUCAGAUGAGAACCUUGCAAGUGUCCAACCAUCUUCUGGUAGAGAGGAUGUGUUUGAAACAAGACCUGCUUGGGACGAUACAGUUGUAACUCAGAUGCAGGAAAUCGUCGAUGAACCCACUCCAGAGUGCCUGCGAGUGGACUGGAAAGAUGACCCUGAUAGGAAAGAGGAGACAUUAGCUAUCAUUGCAGAUCUACUGGGCUUCAGCUGGACUGAGCUGGCACGGGAGCUGGAAUUCAGCGAAGAUGAUAUUCAACUGGUUCGAUCGGAAAACCCAAAUUCCCUCCAAGAACAGAGCCAUGCCUUGCUGCAGCGUUGGGUGGAACGGGAAGGCAAACAUGCAACAGAGGACUGUUUGAUUAAAAGACUGACCAAGAUCAACCGGAUGGAUAUUGUUCAUCUUAUCGAGACCCAAAUGAACAAGUCUAUGCAAGACCAAACUUCAAGAACAUAUGCAGAGAUCGAGAAGACACUGGAUCAAAGUGAAGUGUCAGUGACACUUUCAUUGGUGCAAGAGGAUACAGAGAGCCCUAGAGUUGUGAGAAUGGUUGAGUCGGACCGCAGACCCCCUCCAGCUGUCUCCGAAGAAGACCUAUCAGUAGCUUCUCUCCUGGAUAUACCAUCCUGGGCAGAGCCUGGUGGGCAUACUCACUCUGAAAGCAUGCAUGGUGAUCUCUUGGAGGAGCUGGAGAUCCCAAGGGAGCUGAACCCCAAUCUUUGGACCUCAGAGGAUACGAUUACUCAGGAGCAUGCAAGUUUUCACAACUUGGAUCACCAAAGUGAUGAAAUGCCAGACCUUUCGACUCCAUCAGUGACAGAAGAAAAGUACACAGACGAAAAUGGACACACCGUUGUCAAGAGGGUUACUCGCAAAGUAAUUCGAAAGUGUGUUUCUACCGACGGCACUGACCUGGAAGGCUUCCCAGCCGGUGCAUCCCAAGGGUCCAUUAGUGUUAGAAAAGGAGACGGAUACUCCAAGGUUGUCAAGCGGACUGUCCUAAAGAGCGAAGGCGACCACACAGAGGUGACCUUUGACGGGACAGAGAGCCGCCCAGCAUCAAAGCAGGCCGCGGUGGGAGGGUACAAGGUCAGUCAGACGGACAGGACCACCGUAGUAAAGGGGGAAAGGACGAUGACUCAGCAGGGAGAUUCUGCACUGGCAUCUGACCUCCCCUCAGCCCGAGAGGACUUCAAACAGGGCCCACAUGCGUAAAGGUCGGCGCCUCAGAAGAACAGUGGUGAAGGGAUCAGGGCAGCGAGAUCCAGACCUAGCAGACUGCCUCGGAAAAAGCUCAAAACCCGGAGGUCUUCAGCAGCAUCUGCACCAACUCUUCCACCACUACUACGAGAAAGAAACAGACAGCUAUGAGGAAGAAGAGGACGAGUAGUCGAAUGUCUUACGCUCUCCAUGCACUCAAUUUCCCUCUAAUCCUAUGCACUAGCCACACGCAGUCCCAGUGCGCACCUCAAAGCUUCCACUGUCUUCCCACCAAAGUCCCAGAAGAUUCACCUUUGUCCACUCUUCUCAUGUUCUUCCCUGGUGGCUUUUUAACUUCAUGAUUUGUUUUGCCUUUCUUUUGUGACCAAAGAGCGCCCCCUUGAUUUCCUCUCAUGUUGUCUACGUCUUACGUGUUUUCUAAAGGGGAGCAACUAGAGUGAUUCACAAGCAACCCACCUUAGAUCAGUUGUAGAAAGAAAGAAAAAAAACUUCUUCACUCACAGUUGGUGUCUGGACAAUAUGUCACACUUCACUGCCUCUCUAAGAAACUCACACUGGACUCUCACUCACUUUACUAUUCACUCUUUUAAAUCAGGUGGUCACGACGGCCCCAGUGUGCUGACUCUGAAUAUACUGCUGCUGCUGCUGUGCUUCGCUGUGUGUGUAAUCUGUCUUUGGGCAUUAUAUAUAUAUGAUGUAUAACAAUAGACAAUACGGACAUCUGUAGCCUAGAAAUGUAUAAUCACUCAUCCAAAGUAGAGCGGGCAUGACUGUCGUUCGGAUCAUGGCUUCGUAGUUCUGUGUCCCUGGUUCCUUCUCGUGUCUUUCAUCUUUCAAUGGUACGUUUCUUUAUGCCUUUAUUUCAUUGUGAGUUAUGGAUGUACGAAAAGAGGAGCGGGAGCGAUCAGUUCAUCUGUUCUUGCAUGUCUCCAAAUUAGGUAUAUUUCAUAAACGGCAGCACUGAAGAGGAGAUUAUCCAAAAGCUAGUAAUACUUUUCAUGUGAAAUUCUUGUCAUAUUUAUCCUUUGAAAGCCAAUGACGAUGUUCUAUUUAUUUCAGCGCUCGCUGUGAUUGACAACACUGAACAUGUGUGGUGUUUUGUGUUGAAUUGUAUUAGCCUUUAUUCAUUUAGUCCUACUUUUUUGAGUGUGUGCUUGUGGAAGUGUGACAGUUGUAAGUAGGUAUUUAACUCAUUUCUGAAUGUCUGAACAAAUCACCUCUGUUUUAUUUUUUUCCAGUGAAAAUUUUGUGAUUUGAGGCAGAGUUCACAUACGAGAGGGAAGCGAAAUUCGGCUCACGCGCAGGUUUCAGUAUCGCUUCACCAUGUAUCUGAAUAUCAAAUGUAUUCACUAACUCUGUAUUAUUUUGUGACAAUAGAAUCUUGUAAAUUGCAGACUAGUGGAAGUUCACUGUGACAGGUAUAUUUUAAUUUCAAAAAGUCAGCAUCCCUUUUUCUGUUAUGAUGACAGCUAUAUAAAUAUAUGACACAUACACACACACAAAUACAGUCCGCCUGUAUUAGUGUGUGUGUGUGUAUAUAGAAGAAAAGCAUGUUACUAAUCAGAAUUCAAAACAACAAAAACAAAAUGGCUGCAGUGUGUCUAUCGAUGACAGAAAAUAAAGGUAUACAAAUAC